AUGGGGUUGUUGCUCUUGGCUCCCGUCAUCUUUACAGUGGGCGUCUUGAUCUAUUCCAUCGCUUGUAUAGGAAGAAGAGGUCCAAAUCUCCCCAAUGGCCCACGUACGUUGCCCAUUAUCGGUAACUUGCAUCAGAUGCCCUUGCACAAGCCUUAUCUGCAAUUUACAGAAUGGGCAAAGCAGUAUGGCGGCAUGUACAGUCUCAAGCUGGGCCCAGGGACAGCAGUUGUCCUCACGGAUCGACGGAUCAUCAAGCAAAUCAUGGACAAGAAGGCCUCGGCCUCGAGCAAUCGGCCCGUAUCGUUGGUUUCGCAACACCUCAUCACGGAGGGAGACCACAUGCUCAUGAUGGACAACACUCCGAGCAAGAUCCACCAGGCUGAAAGCGUCCAGCUGCUUUACGACGUCCUUCAAUCGCCGGAUGAGUGGAUGCAGCAUCUCAAGAGAUUUAGCAACAGCAUCAUCAUGAGUAUCGUCUACGGAAUUCGAUCACCCUCAAUUGACGCACCGUGGACCAAGAAGCUCAACGACAUCGUCGAGCUUUGGGCUAGGAUCAAUGAGUUUGGAGCGACUCCGCCGGUUGAUUUGUUUCCAAUUCUGAAAUUGGUUCCUCAACGAUUUCUCGGAAACUGGAUGAAUCGCGCUAGCCUUGUCCAUGACAAAGUACAUAACCUUUAUGGAGGUCUACUCCGAUCUGUGGAAGAAAGACGAAGGACGACCGGGCCAACGGACUGUAUCGCGGACCGACUGUUGGAACAGGAGGAGAAGCACGGUCUUUCGAGCCACAACAUUAUGCUUCUGGCCGGUGUCACGCUCAAGGGAGGUUCAGACACCUCUGCUUCGACCUUGAGCUCUUGGUUGCAAGCGAUGAUCCUCUACCCCGAGGUACAGAAGAAGGCUCAGGCUGAAAUAGACGCCGUCGUGGGUGACAAGAGACUACCGACGUGGUCCGACUAUAAAUCCAUGCCUUAUCUUGCCACCAUGGUCAAGGAGGCGAUGCGGUGGAGACCAACAGCACCACUGGGGUUCCCACAUGCACUCUCAGAAGACCAGUGGGUGGAUGGAAAAUUCCUUCCCAAGGGAACGGUCCUGUUUGUGAACGUCUAUGGUUUGCACCAGGAUGAGUCCAAAUUUCCGCACCCUAAUACUUUUGAUCCCGACCAUUACAAGGGACGGACAUUGUUGGCAGCAGAAUACGCAAAUUCUGCAGAUUACGAGAAUCGUGAUCAUUAUGGAUUUGGCAAUGGUCGUCGCCUGUGCCCAGGGAUACACUUAGCGGAUCGAAACCUCUGGCAUGCCAUCACCAAAUUACUCUGGGCGUUCAAGAUUGAACCGAAGAUGGACCCUGAAACGAAAAAGCCGAUUCUACCUGACCCCAGCGUCGAGACAGGUUACAGGGAGGGACUUACCAUGUGUCCCUUUGAGUUUCCGGCCAUGAUUACCGUCAGAUCUGAGGCGAGACGACAAUUGAUCCUGAAAGAAUAUGCUGACGCGAAAGCAAACUUCUUCCCCAAGUAUGAACAAGUGGAUUUGUUCUAG